UCUGUGGAUCAGAGGCAGGUUAUCUCUGAUUUGUGUUGUUGCUUGGUUUUGACAACCAAACACAACCAGUUUUGGCAGUUUUAUAAAAGACGAAAUUUCAUUCUCUAGAGUGUUGUUACUGUUGUUGCACAAGAAAAUGGCUCCUAACGUUUUGAAAGAUUUAGCUAAGGAAAUAUUUGCUAAGAACAUAGCUACACAAAGGAGUGAAGCUGGUAAAAGUAUCAAAGAAUUCAAAUUCAAGAAAGAUAGAUGUAGACUGCUUUCUAAAUAUGAAGAUCUAAGGGAAGAUAGCAAAGGAAUAAUUUAUUGGAUGAGCAGGGAAUCUAGAGUUAACGAUAACUGGGCUCUCCUUUUCGCCCAAAAGUUAUGUUUUAAAUAUGAGGUACCUCUACAUGUAUGUUUUUUUUUGGACGAUUACAAAGAACUCUAUCCAACUACAAGACAAGCUGGAUUUUUGCGUAAAGGACUCGAACAUGUUAGGAAGGACUUGGAGAAGUUAAAUAUUCCAUUUUAUUUAUUGAAGAAAUCUCCUCUAGAAUUGGUUGAUAUAAUUCAGGCUAAUGAUAUUGGAUGUUUGGUGUGCGAUUUCUUUCCUCUUAGGAUUGUCACAAACUGGCAGGAAAAACUGAAAGAAUUAUUGCCUAGCAACGUAGCUAUUGUUCAGGUAGAUGCCCACAAUAUUGUACCCUGUUGGAUUGCUUCUGAUAAACUUGAAAGGGCAGCAAGAUCCAUUCGUCCCAAAAUAUUAAAACAACUUCCUACUUACCUCACUGAAUUCCCUGCAGUGAGCAAACAAAAGGAGAAGAAAGAACUGGUGAUCAAACCAGGCUUAGAGUGGUCCAAAAAUGACAAAUUAGAUAUUGAGUUUGUUGAAGAAAUAACUUGGGCUGAACCUGGCGAAGAAGGUGGUAUCGAGAUGCUGAGAACCUUCCUUUUAGAACGGUUACAAUACUAUGGUAUCAGUAGCAAUGAACCUUCAAAAAAACAUCAAUCUAAUCUGUCUCCAUGGUUGCAUUUUGGUCAGAUAUCUGCUCAGAGGAUUGCAUUGGAGGUAUCUAAACUGAAGAAAACAUGGACUACUCAAUGCGAGAGAUUCUUAGAAGAAGCUAUCAUAAGGAAAGAAAUAUGUGAUAAUUUUUGCCUGUACAACCCUAAUUAUGACAGUUUCGAAGGGGCUGAUAAAUGGGCUAAAGAAACUUUGAACCUGCAUAGGGACGAUAAAAGAGAUUUUCUUUAUACGCCUGAACAGUUUGAGAACUGUUUAACACAUGAUCCAAUAUGGAAUUCCGCACAGUUUCAGUUAGUUACAGAGGGAAAACUUCAAGGAUAUAUGAGAAUGUAUUGGUGUAAGAAGAUAUUGGAGUGGACAGAAUCUCCAGAGAAAGCAAUUAAAACAGCCUUAUGGUUGAAUGACAAAUACAGCAUCGACGGAAGUGAUCCUAACGGCUUUGUUGGUGUCAUGUGGUCCAUAUGUGGUAUUCAUGACCAGGGUUUCAAAGAGAGGCCUGUGUUUGGUAAGAUACGUUUUAUGGUGGACUACAGUCUGAGCAGAAAAUAUGACAUCAAAACUUAUUGUGCAAAAUAUAGACCAAACGCUAAAGUAUCUGGAAACAUCACAAAGUAUUUACAGACCUCAAAUAAAAAGAAUGAGGACAAGGAAUGUGAUAGCAAGAGUCCAAACAAAACAGAAGGAAAAAAUGGAAAGAAUAAGGAAACUGAAACAGAGGACAAGGUUAAACCAGCAAAACAAUCUUCAGAUAAAAGUUGUGGCAAAAAGAGGACAGUAAAGAGUGAAACUCAUGAAGAGUCGAAGAAAAAGAGGAAGGUUUAAGUGCCUGAAAUUGAACCAACAUUAAAUACACCCUACACACACUCAAAGCUUUAAAUGUUACUAGAUAAACAGACAUAUGAAAGAGUCAAAUGAACUUGGACAUUGAAGAGUCCUUGUCAAGCUAAACAUAUGUUUAUGCCUACAUAAAAUUUUCAUAAAAGUUUUCUCAUUAAUGCUCUCUACCUCAAAAUUUUUAAAUGUUGAUAGUUUUAUUUUGAUAUUGUGUUUGAUAAUAAAUACUUUUUUAAAA